UUGAAUUGCAGGAACAAUAAAAAUCAAUUAUGUCUAAAUCCGUGUCCAAACUGUUUGAACCGUUGACCAUCCGGGGACAGGUAUUGAAAAAUCGUAUCGGCGUAUCACCGAUGGUCACCUGGAUGGCCGAUUCGGAUGGCCAGGCUACCGAUUUUCAUUUGGCACAUUACGGCCAGUUUGCAUUGGGUGGUGCAGGUCUAGUCGUACUGGAAUCUACUGCUGUGGAAGCCAGGGGUCGGAUAACGCCCAGUGAUCUGGGAAUAUGGAGUGACCAUCAGGUGGACGGCCUGAGCCGUAUAGCCAGGUUUCUCAGCGGACAGGGAUCACUGCCGGGCAUACAGUUGGCACACUCUGGCCGUAAAGGUAGUACAUCGGCCGAAUCGCUUAGUAGUCAAUCGUUGGCCAUUGGUGAUGGUAGUGGUGGUUGGCCUACAAUAGCUCCCAGUGCUAUACCGUUUGGUGCCGGUAUUAGUCAGGUGCCCAUUGAAGCAACUGUCGAUGAUUUGCUAACUAUUAGGCAGUCGUUUGUUUUGGCAGCUGUCAGGGCUGUUAGGGCCGGCUUUCAGUUAAUUGAAUUACACUAUGGCCAUGGUUAUUUAGUAAAUCAAUUUCUAUCGCCAGUGACCAACCGGCGUACCGACCAAUACGGCGGUUCACUUGACAAUCGUAUGCGUCUGGGACUGGAAAUUGUUGCCGAUGUCCGCCAGGCUAUACCCGAUAACAUCAUACUAGCGGUUCGGAUAUCGUUUAGCGAUUACGCCGAUAAUGGCUGGGAUUUGCGACAGUCUAUCGAUUUAUCCAAACAACUCAAACAACUCGGUGUCGAUUUACUGGAUGUCAGCUCCGGCGGUGUUGUCAGUGGUGUCAACUACUCGGCCAUUAAUACACCCGAUCAACAGCACCGGGCAUCCGAUGCAAUACAACGUGAAGCCGGUAUCCGGACGACAGUUGUCGGCAAAAUUAUUGAUCCCGUGUUGGCUGAAAAACUAUUACAGUCUAACUGUGCAACCAUUGUAUUGAUUGGCCGGGCAUUUCUCAAUGACCCGCACUGGCCCUACAAGGCAGCCGAUAUACUCAAUGGCCAGUCGUUUAAAUAUCCCCAAUCCUAUGACUGGUGUAUCGGUUGGAAAGCAAUGUAUAAAUGGCGUCAAGAUUUAUAUACCGAUCAAAAUGAUGAUAAUAGUUGA